AUGCUGUUAGUUUGGUUUCUAAAAUUUCUCAAUUUGGACAAGGUCACACAGAGAGCUUUUGCUGAGUACCUAAGCAAAAGGAACCUCGUAGAAAGGGUUCAUGCCAUUGAAAACAGGGUGUUAUCUAGUCAUGGUCCAUUCUGUUCAAAAGCAAUUCACAAGAGUGCAUCACCCGGAAGCAAAGAGCACAAAGAAAACAUGAAACACAUGGCAAGUGAAGUUUGCAAAUGCAUAGGCAGUGCAUUUUGCAAUAAGGAGCUGAUACAAUGCUUUUGGGGGAUUGGUGCUGAAGACAAUUUUGUCUUUAAUGACGAGAGCUGCCUGAAGUCAUUUGGUUUACUUUCUGAUGAGAGAAGAAGAGAGGAUGACACUACCUACAAGCCAGUAAAAAAUGAUAUUUUGGAGUAUCUAGAAAAUGUUUGGUGUGUAGAGAAGAAUUUUAAAGGAUGCUACAGCGAGGACUACCGCACAUUAACAUCGUUACAAACAGCAUGUAUUGAUAAGUACAGUGUAUCGAUUUACCAAGAAAACGAUGAUUGGAGAUCAAAGGAACCGUUGGAGAGAUUUGAUCGUCAGCCUCUUCCCGACUACCAGAGAUGGAUAGAGAGCGGGGAGCUCCAUUACCUCAGUUAUGAGGCAAGACGAGACUUUCCAAGGGGACCUUGGGAUGAGUGUUCAGGCUUGUUCCUUCCAGAAAAAGUACUGGAUAGUGCUUUUCGUGUCCUACCUUCUCCUCUGGAAGAAGAAUUGAGGGCAAUCGCUUAUCUAGCUUGGAUCUCCGUUGAACAAGCAUCGCAGUUUUAUGCCAGUGCGCAAAAGCAAUUAAGUCAGCAGAGGGAAGAAGAUUUGAAACAAGAGGCUUGGAAGUUGCAUCCUCUCUACAAGGAGAGGAGAACAGCAUUGAGAGAGCUGGGGGCAUGAACCCAAAUUUAAAGAAGUAUGAGUUGGUUCAGCAGAUAGUGGAGAGCAGUGGUGAUGCUGAAAAGUAUGUCGCCAUGCUUUCUGAAAAAGAUCUUCAUGAUGGCAGUAUCUCAUCCAUACCAAAUGGUAAGACAGGACUGAUGAAGCUUUCGCUGGCGCAUUUAAGAGCCAUUCUGAGAGCACAUGAUGUUCUGGAAGUUGGUUCAAAUGAAGAACUCAUUGUUAGAGUUGGGCUCCUUAAGGCAGGCCAUCAAGAUGCGGCUUUUUCACGUGAACGUUUAGCCAUCCUCCAUCAAAUUGCUACAGCAAGGGAACUUGUUCGAAAUCAGGCCUCAAGUACUCGAAUCAUUUGUAAAAGGAAGUUUGCUCAUGGGAAAACGGAAAUGCUGACUGCCCAGAACAGCUGCCUCCAAGAUUUGUUGCAGCACAGCGCACCAACAAUCGAUGCAACUUCUUCAAAUCGUGAUCCAGAGGUCAUUUCAGCUGGAUUGGAAAUCAAGUUGUUGGAGAUAGAGGAGAAGUCAAGAUCAAACGUCGACAAAGAAAGGCCAGCAAAAUCAACAAACAAAGAUAAAACGGAGGCCAAAGAUUCAAAGAGAAUACAAAGCAAGAUAAACGAAAAAGUCAGAAGAUCCGGAAGGAAAAGAAAAGAGCCAGCAAAAGUAAAAGAUGGUAGUGAGUCUCCUAAUUUUUUCACUCAUGUCGGCACACUUGUAGAUGUCCUUUGGACCGAGAAAGACCUGGAAGGGACAAACUGGGAGCCUGGAUGGUAUCGUGGCGAAGUACAAUGA